AUGCAAGUCCAUCAACACGCCAAGAAAAAACGAGGAACUCCUGCGAAGGCUGAAUCGAACGCAGGUUUACCAACGCCUGCAACCAACAAGGUGACUGCCCCGGGGGCAUUUGAACCUGACGACACAAUCGAAGAGGAAUCGAACGAGUCGAAUAUCGAAUACGAAGACCCGGUUAACGACAACGAAAUGUCAGAUAACGCGGGUGGCCCUAGUAGCCAUGAUGUGAGCGAAGAAACUCGCAUGAGACUGGAGAUCGCGAGACUCCAACAUGAAGUCCAACAAAUGAGAACUGGUAGGGGUCAGGCCUCUACAAGUGAUGAGAACAUCAGUGCAGAUCUAGCAAACUAUCUGCAGAGGAAAGGCAGAACGUCUGCUAUCGUGAAAAUCCUUAAUGAGUUCCGUGAUCAAGUGAGACCCAUAAGGAAGCCAGUUGUACUGACCGGAUCUGGGAACUACCCCAUGUGGAAAGAAGAGAUCCUCCUCGCAGCGAGGCAAUCUGAAACCGAUGACAUCCUUGAUGAGAAGCAAAUAGGCCCUGAUGAUAACGCCAGCACUGAUAUGCAGCGAUUUUGGAAAGAACGCAACAUGUGGCUAUACAACUACAUGUGGUCAUCAGUUGCCCCACAGGCAAAAUCUCAUUUUACUAUACCCAAGGAUUGCGAAUUAUCUGCGUAUUCUCUAUGGUCUAUCAUAGAGGACAAUUUCGCUGAAAGGCCUGCUGUCCUAAGGACAAGGUUAUACAAGGAGAUGACAAGCAUGACAGCCAAGUCAAAAGGCUCUGAUCGCGCGUUUAUCGAACGCUUGAUCGCCAUAAGGACUGACUAUAUCCGCCUAGGAUAUAGGGUCGAAGAUUUCAUGUUUUUUGACUGCUUACUUACUGGGGACUCCAAAUCCGACAAGAAGGAUAAGAAGGGCAAGGAUAAGGAUAAGGAGAAGGAGAAGGACCCCAAAUCUGACAAGAAGGGCAAAGACCGGUCAUAUCCAGAACGAUGCUGGAAGAAAUACCCAGAGAAGCGUCCGUCCAAUCCCAACAACGCCAAUAAGGAUAAGGACAAGGGUGAUACCAAUGCUGGCACUGCUCCUGUCCAUAACGUCGUGGAACAAGUAUUCUGUAUGACGGACAAGGCCUACAUGAGCAGCGAAAGACCCACGAGAGAUACCUGGAUUCUAGACUCGGGUGCGGGUGCCCACGCAACACCUCAUAAAGAUCUUGUCGUGGCAAAGCCCCAAAAAUAUACUGUCAAGUUGGAAAUGGCAGAUGGAACGAUAGUGCCUGCCGCAGCGAUAGGCGACACGAAGAUCACCGUUGAAGGGGCGGACAUGCUACUAACUGGCGUCCGCUACGUCCCGAAAUUAGAAGUGAACCUCAUGAGCAUGGGUAAGCUCGUACGCCAGGGCUUUACCUUCAAGCAGUUGGCAUAUGGAAGCAACCACGCCGUGCUCUUUAUGUCCCCAGAUAGAACGUUCUCCUUCACGGCGAAGUUGAACGACAAUGAUAUCUACGAGGUGGAGAAGCCGCCUACCUUCAAGGAUCUAAUUCGAUUCGCCCUGUCCAACGGCAAAUUUGAACCUGUCAACGCGAUGGCGGACGACAGGACUACUGACGCGAUACUGGCGCUGCCCAACAACGACAUAAAGGUUAUAGAACUAACAAUGACACAGUGGCACCAAAAAUUAGGGCAUCUAAAUCCCGCGGAUAUCGCUAGAAUGGCAGCAGAUCCACGCCUAGGAAUGAGAAUCAUCGGCCAACGAGCUUUACCGUUUUGCAAAGUCUGUGUCCAAGCAAAGAUGACACGUCCAACCUUUGCGCCCAUGACGCGAGCUACCAAGCCGGCGAUGAGACUCUUCAUCGACCUAGCAGGGGGUGGAAAAACGCUUUUUGACGGGAACGACCUACCCACUAGGGGGGGUGCUAGCUACUGGCUAGGGAUAACAGAUGACGCUACGAGAUACCGAUGGGCAAUCUUGAUGAUGUCGAAGGGUGAGUCUACCGCGAGAUUAAUGAACUUCAUCACAGGCAUUGAGGCAACUACGCAACGCCGUGUAGGCACCCUACACUGGGAUGGUGGCAGCGAGUUUAAAGGCCAAGAUCUGAAGGCCUACUGCCAGAGCAGAGGAAUUGCGUAUGAAACGACUACGCCUGAUACGCCGCAAUCGAACGGCCCUGCUGAACGCGCCAACAGGAUUGUUGCAGAAAAGACAAGAAGCCUUCUAUUUGAUAGCGGACUAGCUAAGGAAUUGUGGGGUGAGGCGAUGCAAGCCGCGAUCAUGAUGAUCAACACGUCCCCAACGUCAACUAAGAUAUACGGAUGCAAGCAAGUAGUUCCGCUUACGCCAUUUGAGGCAUGGACUGGGGUGCAACCUACUGCCCAUUGGAUACGCAGGUGGGGGUGCAAGGUCUACAAGAAGAACCUAAAGGUUACCAAUAAGCUCGCGGAUAGGACUGACGGCAAGGAAUGGCAGCUAGUUGGCUACCAAGGACUGCACCAAUAUCGUAUCUGGGACCCAAUUGGCCGUCGCCUUGAAAUCGCGCGAGAUGUCGUAUUCGACGAAGGACUAGACAAGGGUGAAACCACGCCUGCGAACGUGGUGAGGCAAUCGAGCGAAUUACCAGAAGAAUUGGACGUACUAGAUGCUGCUGAUGGGUGGCAACACUGCCUCCUGCGACACCUAGCAAAGGUGAAACCUGACGUUUUGAAGAUGAUUGCCAAUGGGGAUCUUGAAGAUAAUGAGACAGAACUUGUCGAGAAUGAUGAACCAGAAGACCCUGCCAAUGAGGACGAUCCUGUCCUGAGCACCCUAACUGACCGCCCAACUACCGUGGCGGAAGCCAAAAGGAGCCCUGAUUGGGACUACUGGUAUGAGGCGAUGAAGAAAGAGGUCAGCAUGUUUGAGAACAAGCAGACAUAUAUUGUCGUUGAGAAGACCCCAGGCAUGGAUAUCUUAACUGGUAAAUGGGUGUUUGAUCGCAAGUUGAACAAUAAGGGAGAAACAAUCCGGUUUAGAGCUCGCUGGGUGGUUAGGGGAUUCCUCCAACAACAAGGAGUCCACUAUACAAAGUCGUACGCCGCGGUGGUAUCAGGACCCACGUCACGGAGCUUAUUCGCAAUCUCAACGGCAAAGGGGUGGAAGGCAAAGGCGAUCGACUACGUCUCCGCGUUCUUGAACGGCAUACUACCGCAGCACGAGAUGGGGGGCGUGGUUGGCCUGCUCCGCCAGAGCCUUUACGGGAUGAAGCAAGCAGCGAGGGUGUGGUAUUUCCUUGCGACGGAACACCUCACCACUCUAGGAUUCAAAAUCUCGCCGUACGAUGGCGGAUUCUUAUAUCACCCUAUUCGCAAGAUCUACCUGACAUUGCACGUCGAUGACUGUCGGGUAACGGGACCCCAAGAGCAGCAAUUAGACUGGAUAUUGGCAGAGAUUGCUAAAAGGUUUGAGACAAAGGAUGUCGAAGAGAACAAGCCCUACCUUGGAAUGGAAGUCAAACGUCAAAUGAACGGCGACCUAGCGGUUACCCAGAACCGUUAUAUCGAUGAGAUCCUUGAGGAUUUUGGAAUGGACAAGGUCAACCCGGCCAGCACGCCGAUGGCGGCCGGCAUACGCCUAGAAUUCUCACCAGAUGAAGAUAGCGGGUUAGAUGACGAUUUUACUGCUACUAGAUAUCGUCAAGGCUUAGGAUCGCUGCAGUAUUUGGUGUCAAGCAGCAGACCAGAUCUGGCAUUCGCGGUCAACUACCUCUCACGUUUCAACUCGCGUCCGCACAAGGAAUGCUGGGCAGCAUUAAAACACGUCCUACGCUACGUCAAGAAAACGAAGGAUCACGGAAUCCUAUACAAGAAGGAGAUGAUUGGGGGACUCAGUCCUGUCGCGUACAGCGACUCAGAUUGGGCAGGGGCAGACCCCCAAUACAAGUCAACUACAGGUUACAUUAUCCUGCUAAACGGAUCACCAAUCUCGUGGCGGUCGCAACGGCAGACCUCAGUUGCAAAAUCAACCACUGAGGCGGAGUAUAUCGCGGCAAGUGAGGCAGCGUGCGAAGUGAUCUGGCUGAAUGACAUGUUAUUUGAUGCUGGAUUAGUAGAAGGGAAAGCGAAGGUAUGCUCGCACCUGCGAGUUGACAACAAGGGCGCGAUAGAUCUAGCAAAAGGGGAGUCCUUGACAAGGAGGUCACGUCACAUCGAGAUCAGAUACCAUAUCCUUCGCGAUCUGGUUGAAAAAGGCGAAAUCAUGAUGGAACACGUUGGUUCUACGGCCAAUAUAGCUGACGGCCUCACCAAGCCACUGGCAAGGCCUGCCUUCGAAGAAUUUGUUAAGAGGAUUGGCUUAAUGGAAAUUGGCAAGAAGGGGUGA